AUGCUGGUCCCGGCGUCGUAUCAAGUGCCAGAGAAGAAGGCAAAGAAGAAGAAGGGCAAGGAGGCCAAGGGUGGCCCCCACCACAAGGGUCCUUCAGACACAGUGUCCGGAGAGACUGAAGCCCUCUCCUCCCAUGAGGGAGAUGAGGAAGAAGAAGAAGAGGAGGAGGAGGUGGAAAGCGACUCCCCUCAUAAGGGGAGGAAGAAGAGGGUGACCUCCGAAGACCCAAAAGGGGAGGUGCCCAAGAGAGGAAAGGCUUCCCUAUUGGUGGCAACCGCCCAGGCCGCAGAAGUUUCCGAACUCAAUCGGAAACUUAAGGUGGCCAAUGAAGAAAUCGACCGCAUUAACAAGCGGUUCAAUGAGACGCAAGUUGGCGCAACCGAGGUCGAGACCCUUAAAGGUGCCCUUACCCAGGCCAAGAAAGAGGUGGAGGCGAAUAAGGCAGCCGCUGACAAAGCGGCUGCAGAACUGAAGACCGAGCAGGCCACCCGCCGCCAACACGAAGCUCGGGUGGCCGAAGUGGAGCAGGAGCUGAAGGAUGCCAUCGGCAAAUGCGAGGCUUUAGAGGAGAAGACUUCGGCCUUGUCCACCGAACUUGCCAAGGCUUUCCAUGAUGCUAAGGCGGCACGGGUCGAGUCCCGAAGUGCUCGCAAGGAGAUCCAUCAGGCAAAGCAGAUAGCGGCUGUUCUUCCGAGCCCAGGAGGGGAAUUCGACCAAGAAGUUGUUCUGGUGGCAAUUUCUCGCGCCGAAGCACCCGACGCCUCUGAACGACCAGCUGAAGCAGAUAAUGGAGCUGCAUAG